GGAAGAGGGUGGCUUUGGCCCUCGUGGUUCAUGUCCGACCUCCUGGCAGGGAACUGUAGACUGAGUCAACAACAUUCAAAUCUUAAAAAAAUAAGCAAGAGUGGUGGGGGGCACGCGGUGAAAAAGAGUAAAGAUAGGAAAGCCAGAAAUAGUGAGCCAGUAAAAAAGGGGACAGAAGACAGGCUCCAGACUGUAUCUAUGGAGAGACACGGAAGGGAGAUGCUGCUGCUGCUGCUGCCACCACUACUCCUCAGGGUUGCCACAAGCCGAUGUCUACAUGAUGAGGCACAGAAGUCUGUGAGACUUCUCAGGCUCCCUUUCUCCCCACUCCCCCUGAAAUCUCUCUCUUCCUCCCUCACCCUUCCUAGCUCCCAUGAUCCUCAACCCCUACGAAUCCAAACCUGCUAUCUGGGAAAUCCUAUAUCAGAUGGAGCUUGGGAUCCUGAGGGAGAAGAGACAAGAGGGGGAUCCCGAGCCCUGGCCGCAGUGAGAGAGGCCACUCAGCGAAUCCAGGCUGUCCUAGCAGUGCAAGGACCCCUGCUUCUGAGUCGAGAUGCUGCACGGUACUGCCAUGCUGUCUGGGGAGACCCAGAUACCCCAAACUACCACAGGUGCAGCCUCUUGAACCCAGGGUACAAAGGAGAGAGUUGCCUGGGGACAAAGAUUCCUGACGCCCACCUUCACGGUUAUGCCUUGUGGCCAGAGCAGGGUCCCCCACAACUGGUCCAGCCAGAUGGACCUGGGGUCCAAAACACUGAUUUUCUACUGUAUGUACGGGUUGCUCACACUUCCAAGUGCCACCAAGAGGUGAGCAACUGUUGCCCAGGCUGGAGUACAGCAGCCCGAUCACAGCUCACCGCAGCCUCGACUUCCUGGGCUCAGACAGGUUUUGCCAUGUUGCUCAGGCUGUGUCUCAAACUCUUGGGCUCAAGCAGUCUGCCCACCUGGACUUCCCAAAGUGCCAGGAUUGUAAGCCCCUCUGUCAUAGCCUAUGCUGCCUGCUGUCACCUGGACUCAGAAGACAGGCCCCUCGCUGGCACCAUUGUCUACUGUGCCCAACAUCUCACCAGCCCCAGCCUCAGCCACAGUGACAUCGUCAUGGUCACAAUACACGAAUUGCUCCAUGCCCUGGGUUUCUCUGGACAGCUCUUCAAGAAAUGGCGAGACUGCCCCUCAGGAUUCAGUGUUAGAGAGAACUGUUCUACAAGGCAACAAGUGACAAGGCAAGAUGAAUGGGGACAACUGCUUCUCACCACCCCAGCUGCUAGCCUCAGCUUGGCCAAACACCUGGGAGUGCCGGGGGCUUCACUGGGUGUUCCCUUGGAAGAAGAGGAGGGCCCUUUGUCCUCACACUGGGAGGCCAGACUACUCCAGGGUUCUUUAAUGACUGCUACCUUUGAUGGAGCUCAGCGCACUCGACUCGACCCAAUCACCCUUGCUGCCUUCGAAGACUCAGGCUGGUACCAGGUCAACCACACCGCUGCAGAGGAGCUGUUGUGGGGCCAGGGAUCUGGCCUGGAAUUUGGAUUGGUGACCACAUGUAGGACUGGCUCCUCAGACUUCUUCUGUACUGGCAGUGGACUGGGCUGCCACUACCUGCACCUGGACAAGGGAAGCUGCUCCUCAGACCCCAUGAUGGAAGGCUGCCGCAUGUACAAGCCCUUAGCCAAUGGGAGUGAAUGCUGGAAGAAGGAAAAUGGAUUCCCUGCUGGGGUGGAGAAUCCCCAUGGGGAGAUCUACCAUCCCCAGAGCCGCUGCUUCUUUGCCAACCUCACUUCACAGCUGCUCCCUGGGAAUAAGACCAGGCAUCCUUCUCUUAUUCCACACCUCAAGGAAGCAGAGCUCACUGGACGCUGCUACUUACAUCAAUGCACAGGGAGGGGAGCUUACAAGGUGCAGGCGGAGGGCUCACCUUGGGUCCCAUGCCUUCCAGGAAAGGUUAUUCAGAUACCUGGGUACUAUGGUCUUCUCUUCUGUCCCCGGGGUCGGUUGUGUAACACUAACGAAGAUAUCAAGGCUGUUCCUUCCCUACCUAUGAGUCUUUCAACCCCAGAUCCACUAUUCCAGCUCUCUUUAGAAUUAGCUGGGCCUCCAGGCCACUCCCUGGGGAAGGAACAGCAAGAAGAGCUGGCUGAAGCAGUACUGCAGGCUUUGGCAAGCAGAGGUGGCACUGGCAGGUGCUAUUUCCACAGCCCAUCAGUUACCACUAGCUUGGUGUUUACUGUACAUAUGUGGAAGUCCCCUGGCUGCCAAGGGCCUUCAGUUGCCAUGCUGCACAGGGCCCUGACUCUGACUCUCCAGAAACAACCCCUAGAAGUGUAUUAUGGCGGAGCCAACUUCACCACAGAACCCAGCAAGUUGCUGGUUACUUCAGACCAUAACCUCCCCAUGACCCACCUAAGGCUGUCCAUGGGACUCUGCCUAAUGCUGCUAAUCCUGGUGGGUGUACUGGGAACCAUAGCCUACCAGAAAACAUCCACUCUUCCUGUGAGGCCAUCUGCCUCUUACCAUUCACCAGAGUUCCACGGCACAAGGGUCCCAGUUAGAGGAAUAAGGGAGGUGUGAUGUUGCCCAGAACAUGAUGGGGGUAAGGAAGAGAAUCAUUUCUUGGAAGGCAACUGAAUGGAAAAUCUAUUGUGUAUACUUAAGUUCUACUUUCUUUGGAAUGCCUCUUUCCCUGAUAUCAAUUUUAUACAGUUCUAAAGAUCCAUUUUUUUAAGGUUCUAAAGAUCCAUUCUUUAUUUUGGUACAAAAAUAAACUGUUCAACCUGUAGUGUCACUUAUUUUCAUACUGCUGUAAAGCAAACUUACAGAAUAGGCCUGCUACUAGUUCCAAGAGUAUCACAUACACAUGCUUUAGAAAAAGUCAGGUAUGAUGGUUCACGCC